AUGGCCGUUUCUUUCAAUCUAGAGCAUAAUUUAUUCUUGGAAAAAGAAGUAGCCGAUAAAGUAAAGAACUAUUUGCUGGGCGGCGAUCAUGAAGAAUCACAUCGCUUUGUCAAGCGAAGCGUAAGUACUAGCAGUGAUGAAGCCGAUGACCCACCAGAUUCUGAGAAACCUGCUGGUGUACGGGAAUGGAACAUCUCAGAGCAGGUUCCACUUUCGCCUGAAUCCACCACGGAUGCACCGUUAGCAUGGCUGUCUCAAUGCUAUGUGAUCACAUACAAUUCUCUGGACUAUGUGUUAUUACUUAAUCAACAACGGUCAGCAUUAGACGAUAACCACUUGGAGAUCAGAUGCCUCAAAGAGUUGGACUAUCAGUUAGGAUUUGCAAAUGAGGACAAUAUCACAUGUGGCUGUCUUUUUGGACUGGGCACUCAUCGAGUUUCUGAGGCCCUUGAUUGUUUAAUAGUGGCUGUCGGAAUGUCCAAUGGGCAUGUGGUUUUCUUCACUGAAAGAGGCGUCCUUCUGUUCUCCGAACAAUUUUCUGAAUCGGAAAUUUAUUACGUUACAUUUGAUCAAACAGAAGAAGGUCAGCAGUUCACGGUGGUCACAUCCGCGGAUUUUUUCGCCGUUGACCCUGUCGGUCUUCAUUCCACCCUUCUGAAAGCCAAAUCCGCUAUAGCAAAAGGUGAAAAGACCGCUGAGGAACUGUCAAAAACUCUGGAGGUCGACGUUGAUAGGCUAAAGCCUGAAAACGGCAAAAAUGGUUUUCGGCAUGUUUUGUUCACUGGAAUGCAUUAUCAGUCUGCCCUUGAGCAGUACACAAAUGCCUCGAUGACAUCCUACAAUGAGACUAUUAGUAGUGCAGCUCUUCCCGCAUAUUAUACUUAUAUGUACACAUCUGACAAAGUUUUUUCGACUUUUGCAUGGACUACCGAUUCUGACAAGAAGAAGAUUUGGCAAGAAGCGAUAAAAUACGGCAAAUCUGUGAGUUUCAGGAUACAGAAUUCUUUUUAA